AUGGCGGCCGGGCAGGGGGGCGGCGGCGGCAACGGCGGCGGCAACAACGGCAACGGAGCGGGGGGGCUGGGGAUCCCCGCUCACCUCACUCUCUCCUUCUCGGCCGGGCCGCACUGGGGCGCGGCGACUCUGCCGCAGCCGCACACGGUGCGCAGCCUGGACCGGGCCCUGGAGGAGGCGGGCAGCUCGGGCAUCCUAUGCCUCAGCGGGAGGAAGCUGCGCGACUUCCCCGGCAGCGGCUACGACCUCAGCGACACCACGCAAGCAGAUCUUUCAAAGAACAGGUUUACUGAAAUUCCUCCUGAUGUCUGGCUGUUUGCACCACUGGAAACUUUAAAUUUGUAUCACAACUGCAUCAAAUCCAUUCCAGAAUCUAUUAAAAACCUGCAAAUGCUUACCUACCUUAACAUUAGUCGAAAUCUUUUAUCAACAUUGCCAAAAUACCUGUUUGAUCUUCCACUUAAAGUUCUGGUUGUCAGUAAUAAUAAGCUGGUCUCCAUUCCAGAAGAAAUUGGAAAGUUGAGAGAUCUAAUGGAGUUGGAUAUUAGCUGCAAUGAACUUCAAGUUCUUCCCCAGCAGAUAGGAAAAUUGCAGUCACUUAGAGAAUUAAACAUAAGAAGAAAUAAUCUCCAUAUGUUGCCAGAUGAAUUAGGAGACCUUCCCUUGGUAAAGCUGGAUUUUUCUUGUAAUAAAAUUACAGAAAUUCCAAUUUGUUACAGAAAGUUACGUCACUUACAAGUUAUAGUUUUGGAUAACAAUCCAAUGCAGAUACCACCAGCACAGAUAUGUUUAAAGGGUAAAGUACAUAUAUUUAAAUUUCUCAGCAUUCAGGCGUGCCUCAGAAUAGAUAAAAAACCAGAUUCUUUGGAUCUUCCGUCAUUAGGUAAACGAAUCCCCUCCCAGCCACUUACAGACAGCAUGGAGGACUUUUAUCCCAAUAAAAAUCAUGGACCAGACUCUGGCAUCGGAAGUGAUAAUGGGGAUAAAAGGUUGUCCACAACAGAACCAUCUGAUGAUGAUACAAUCAGCCUUCACUCCCAGGUAUCAGAAUCAACAAGGGAACAGACAUUAAGGAAUGACAAUCAUGUAAUAGGAAGUAAACUUGAUCCACAGAAAGACCAGGAGGUGUAUGAUUACAUUGAUCCGAAUGCAGAAGAGGGAGCUGUUCCUGAGCAAGGAGAUAUACAGAUUGGACCAUUGCUGUCUUGUAUCAAGGAACGGGGGAAACAUCCCGAGAAAUCCCAGAAAAUAGAACAGAAUGAGGACUGGGGAGGUGAAAAAAGACUUCAGAAAGAACAGCUGCUGGCUGAAGAUGAUGAUGAACUCAAAGAAGUGACUGACUUGAGAAAAAUAGCAGCUCAGUUACUACAGCAAGAACAAAAACACAGACGAAGGCCAUUAAGCUAUAGAACUUCAUUCAGUGAAAAACUCUUCCAGAGGACAAGGGCGGCAGGACGUGCAUCAAGGCUUCUUAAUCAUUCAGUUUCAGUAAGCACAAGGAACAGGCCAAAGCAGCCAAUGGAAUCUGAAAAAUGUGUCUCAACAGAUGAAGUGAAUUCCCCAGUGUCCCCAUACAGCUGGCAGCCACUGGAAAACCAGAAGGAUUCAAUGGAUGAGCAGCAUUGGCCAGAAACACAGCCAGUGAUUUGGCAGAAUGAAGAAAGACGGAGAAGUAAACAAAUUAGAAAAGAGUAUUUCAAGUAUAAGUCUUCCAGAAAGAGUUCAAGUGGAAAUGAAAAUGAUGAGCAAGACAGUGAUAAUACUAAUGUGUCUCCACAGUCUCCUGUAUCGUCUGAGGAUUAUGAAAGGACGGAUAGUAACAUUCAUGGUCCAUUUGGUCUCAAACCAAGGUCAGCUUUCAGCCGUGCAUCACGCCAGGACUAUGGUGCAGUGGAUCCUGGAUUUACAAUGAGGAGGAAAAUGGAGCAUUUAAGGGAAGAAAGGGAACAAAUAAGACAGCUUCGCAAUAAUCUUGAAUCAAGGUUAAAAGUAAUUUUGCCAGACGACAUUGGAGCAGCAUUGAUGGAUGGAGUAGUUCUUUGCCAUUUAGCCAAUCACAUAAGGCCACGUUCCGUUGCCAGCAUUCACGUACCAUCGCCAGCAGUGCCUAAACUCAGUAUGGCAAAGUGCCGAAGAAAUGUUGAAAACUUUCUUGAUGCUUGUAAAAAAUUGGGCGUUCCACAGGAGAGACUUUGCUUGCCUCAUCACAUUCUGGAGGAAAGGGGUCUGGUGAAGGUUGGCCUCACAGUUCAAGCGCUGCUUGAAUUGCCUACAUUGAAAGUAUCUCAGCUUUCCUCCAUGUGACAUGACUUCUUGGAAGCUAGACAACUUACCAUUCGAUCUGUUGAUUUGGAUUGCUCUGAGACAAUUCAGCUUCCUACAUGGGAGCAUCCAAGCCAUCAAAAACUAAUAUCUGUCCAGAUGCUGUAGAGAGCCUUACUUUGGAGUUGUACAUGAAAAUCAUGGAGUCAGCUGACAGUUAGAAGAACAUAAUUCUUUUUUUCUUUUGUAAUUGGAUGCACAAAGAGGUUGUGGUAGCAUCAGGUUCUCUUUCCAGUUAAGUUAAAAGCUGCCAUUUAACAUCUCUCAGUGUUGCAGUUAAAUGCUGGAUUUCUUUUCCUACAUUGAAAAUGUUGUUUGAAUUAUUUUAGAAGUACAAAGCACACCCCCCACACUUUAAUCUUUCAAGUCAAUCAUUUGAUUUAAAGGUAAGACAAAAAUGUAGCGAUGAUAUGAUGGUAAAAAUGCGAGCGACUGAUCACUUGUAAUCCACUUUCACUCUCUCAAAGCUUAAUAUUUGUGUUCUUUAUUUUUUGCACUCCUGAUUGUAAUUUACACACUUCUAACAUUGCCAGUAUUUAGUCUGAGUGUAUGGUGAUUACACAAAACAGUAUACAAUGGGAAAAGGACACAUUUUAUUGAGUUUUUUCCAGUCUUCUAGGUUGGUGCCAAAUAUUUUUUCAGUUGUACUGUAGAUUGUUUACAUGUGAAGUGCCUGUGUAAUUGAUAACUCUUAAUAGUCUUAAACAUUUUUGAAUUUCUUUGUUUAAAAUAGAUAAAAUGGAAAUUUUUAAAUAUUUUAAUAGUUUUUUGUAAAAUCAGUACGUGAAGAUUUAAGUAAUACUUCAUAUUUUUGAUGUUGGGUGUUUUAAGUUUGUUGCACAAUUUAAUUGGUUAUUUUGUUGUCUAAUAAUUAGAAAAUACUGUAAAUACUUUUUAUUUAUGAUAUUUAAUUUGAUAAUACCUAAUCACUUUUGGUUUAAUGUACUGUUGGACAAAAAAAAGUUGUCUACUUUUCUUUGUUUGGGACAAACAAAUAUACACGUGAGUAAGACAUGA